AUGCUCAUCAGCCGGCUCUUCAAGAUAAGAGCCCUCGGGUCAGGAGAUGGGCUAUUGAAAGCUUUGUUCAAUCGUGAAAUUGUAUCGGAGACCACUAUUCACGAAGUGGUGCUACUUAUUGACCAACGCAAUUCCGAUAUCGGGAACGAAGUCAUAAGUGCGCUUCAUUACCACGCCGAUCUUCCCGAGCAACUUGUGCAAGGGCUGUUGUCGCACUUCAAGGAUGAUGUAUCUGUAGAUUCAGAUAGCACACUGGCUCCCAUCCUAAGCCCGCAGAAGAGUUUUUCUGACCAGACCCUCCGUAUACUCGGCACUUUUCUUACGGAUGAUUUACGCGCGGUUAGGUGCAGAGCAGCUCAUGCCCUGGCGGUCCCAACUGUUAUGUUGCCUUCCUGGAUCAUUCGCACACUUAUACACUGUCUUGAAGACGAGUCCGAAGAUGUUCAGCUGGCCACACGCAAUGCAUUGUGCACUCAAACAAGCCUUCCACUGGAUGCUCUCUCCACUCUUGUUUUGCUCAUUGACGGCAUGCCCUCAGUCUUCUCCUCAAAGCUGAAGAUAUCCGCACAUGAUUACGGGCGGAUUAGGCUUUGGCCAGCCAAAAAAAGCCUGCCCGAUGAUACUGUGCUAAUUAUGGCCUUACUUCUCGACCAUGACUGCAUCGAGCUGAGACAGCGCACGAUUCUGUACUUCGGCGCGCAGGAGACUCUUCGACGGCGUAUUCUGCCAGUCUUAUCGUCUCUGCUGAGGGCCGAGAACAGCAAUGUUAGCCAUCAGGCGGCUGAAAAGCUGAAGAAACUCCAGCCGCUCCCGGAUGAUAUCUUGGAAGACUUGGUCUCCUGCCUCAAGGAUCAUUCUGCGAUGCACGUCGCAAGCGACAUCUUGCGAUCCUACGAAAUGCUCCCACCUCACAUUGUUCAUGACCUGUCCGGGUUGCUUAUAGCGGAGGAUGGAAUCCUGCGGCAGCACGCAGCUAUUGUUCUAUGGAACCAAAAGAAUCUCCCAUUAGAAGUGCUCCAUGGUAUCGUACGGGGUCUGCGACAUUCCGACUGUGAAACUCUCUCUUGUGCAGCCGACCUGCUCGAGCGUCAACGUAAUAUCUCUGAUAUGAUCGUCAGCGAACUGAUUCAGCUGCUGAAAGACAAGCGGGUCAUCGUACCCUAUCGCGCUGCCGUCCUGUUGCUCAAGCAGCCUCAUCUUGCGGAGAAUAUUCUGCACGACCUGGCGCUGCUUAUCUACAGCAACGGCUGCAAUGGCUAUGCGUUCUUCGUGGACCUUGCCCGCCGGUCAGAUCUUCCCACUCAGACAGUCGAAGCACUGUGCUUUCCACCCUCUUCUGCCGAUCUGGGCCGUACGGCACUGAGGACUCUCUUGCGUGGCUGGGUUCAAGUUGCAAUCUAUGCCCGGAUCUACUGCUAUAUAUGGGAAGGGUACUUGGGUAUUGAUGGUCCCAGGGGCAAGUUCAUGGUUUCGUUCGCGAGUGAGCAGCACAGGGAGGAGUUUGCUCAUGUCAUGCGAGAGGUGAAGGCGGAGCUGGGCUUUCCUACGUUUGGGGAGGUCGAGGAGCGGCCAUAAGGGUGACAUCAAGCUCUGAAUCAGAGAUGUUGCCUGAGAGAACAACAUGUCCCACAAAUUUGGCUAGAAUUCUGCAUUUCAUACGAUAUGAUUCGACUGUCAGGAACGAGACUGCUACGGAGACGGUUUCGGAGAAGUCAUGUCGAAAACCAGCCGAUUGGGUGUGGUCAGAUAUGCACAGCUGGGUUUUGAAUCAAGCUGGUAGGCC